UCUGUUUUUUAUUUUUGCCUUUCUUGGUGGCCGCUGUGCGCAUAAACCCUAGCCCUAAGCAUCAAAGAAUCACAAUGGAAAUCGUCGCCGUGAACGAAUCUGUCGAAGGUUACAAACCUGAGCCGGAUUUUUUGGAGGAUUCCAAGGAACCAUUGCUUGACAUUGAGGUGAAUGAUUCCACGGAGUUUUGGCUCAUUCAAUGGCCGAUCAACCAAUUACAGCCAGUUGAUUUUAAUGGGAAGGAGCUUUCUCUUAAGCUUCAUCCUGAUGGGCGAUUAGGUGGUUUUGAGAGCUCAUCAGGCAAAAGUUAUGAUGUGGUGAGCUUUGCAGCACAAGAACCUAAUGCAACUGUUUUUGUGUCAUCUCCCAAUGAAUCAAAAGUCGUCGGGAGGGUUUCCCGCAGAGUCUGUUUAGUUCAUUAUCCAGAGCCUGAAGAACUGGAGAAAUCAGCUACUGGUAGGAGAUCGGAGGGUCCCAUGAGCAGGAGCAUGUCUCGUCUCACUGGAAGUCGGUUGAGGUCCGGAAGUAAUCGAGGCACUGGUGCAACUCAUGAUACCUUGACUUCAGCACACAGUAUGGACCAGAGAAGUGAGGAACUCUCACCAAAAUCAAGUAAAAAAAGACGCAAAAACACCAGUGCACCUAUUGUUGAUACACCUACAAGAUCAGCAGGACGACCUUCUCAUGCUUCUGAACCAGAAAGCCAGAUGACAAACACCACCUCCGGUUCUGAACUUUCUCGUGGAGACAAAUCAAAGAAGAAGAAGAAGAAUAAAACAAAAGUCGAAGAGUGAUAUCAAUCAUCAAUAAUAUUAUUGAAGCACAAAAUUUUGAAGAAAACAGAGAAACAGUUUUGAUUUGCUAACAUUGUUUUGCCAUUAAAAUCACACUGUUUUAUCUCAGCUAUGUUCAUUCAAGCAAUGCAAUACAAUAUACAUUUGUUUAUUAA